AUGUCCGCCCGAGACUGGGAAUUCCGACAGAGGGACGCCUAUGUGGUGUGGGAGGCUGACGUGGAAAGUAAAGAAAAUGCUGAUGUGCGGCUACGUCGUAUGUUGGUAAACUCGACCGAGAUGAAUAUUGCAAUACAUAAGGCUCUGAAUGUGAUUGAAAGAAUACCUAUUGCGUGGAAUUGGAGUGACCCUUUGGUGACUAGAGUGGCUUAUGUAAUGGCAAUACCGACGUGUGGAGUGGUUUCGGUGAUUCUAGCAGUAGUUCCGCUGCAGUUUAUGGUAUUUGUGAUUGGUACGGUAGUGAUAUUGGAAAUUUUCUGGACUCAGGAGAAGAAGCGAAAAGUUUUGGCUAGUGAAAAGGAGGGAGGAUCGUCGGAAGAAUUCGGUGAAAGUGAGCGAAGUGGCUUUGGUGUUGGCGAAAAAAUGGGAAAAAUUACGAAUUUAUUGCGGAAUUUUUUCUGGAUGAUUCCGGACGAUUAUGAACUGGGACAUCGGUACGUCGCGAACACGCAGAGGGUUGGUGUCGGCGGAGCGGCGAAAAAAAUUUCCGCGGAUUUUCGGGUGAAUCGGUGA